CUCCGCCCAGGCCAUGGGGAGCGCGGGCCGGGCCCUCUGCGCCCUGCUGCUGGCCAUGCUGGGGCCGGCGACCGGCCAGCCGCAGCCCGCGGAGUCGCCGUGCACGGCGCCGGCGCUGGCCAAGUACAGCCUCACCUUCACGGGCAAGUGGAGCCAGGCGGCCUUCCCCAAGCAGUACCCGCUGUUCCGGCCGCCCGCACAGUGGUCGUCGCUGCUGGGGGCGGCGCACAGCAGCGACUACAGCCUGUGGCACAAGGGCCAGUAUGUCACCAACGGGAUGCGGGACUUCGCGGAGCGCGGCGAGGCCUGGGCGCUGAUGCGGGAGAUGGAGGCGGCGGGGGAGCAGCUGCAGAGCCUGCACGCGGUGUUCGCGGCGCCCGCCGUGCCCAGCGGCACCGGGCACACGGCCACCGAGCUCGAGGUGCACCCGCGGCACCCCCUGGUGUCCUUCGUGGUCCGCAUAGUGCCCAGCCCUGACUGGUUCGUGGGCGUGGACAGCCUGAACCUGUGCGACGGGGACGGCUGGAAGGAGCGCGUGUCCCUGGACCUGUAUCCGCACGACGCGGGCACAGACAGCGGCUUCACCUUCUCAGCCCCCAACUUCGCCACCAUCCCGCAGGAGCCGGUGACCGAGAUCACGUCCUCCUCACCCAGCCACCCGGCCAACUCCUUCUACUACCCGCGGCUCAAGGCCCUGCCACCCAUGGCCAGGGUCACCCUGGAGCGCCUGCGCCACACCCGGGCCUUCGUCCCGCCCGCCCCGCACCUGAGGCCCGCGGGCAACGAGGUCCCCGACAGCCCCUCAGCUCCAGAAACGCCGCUGGACUGUGAGGUGUCCCUGUGGUCAUCCUGGGGGCUGUGCCACGGCCCCUGUGGGAAGCUGGGCUCCAAGACUCGGACCCGCUACGUGCGUGUGCAGCCUGCCAACCAGGGCGCACCUUGCCCAGAGCUUCGAGAACAGUCAGAGUGCACCCCUGAUAACUGUGUGUGACGUCUCGGC